GUGCCAGGCCGGGUGCGCGGCGGCGGGAGAUGGCGACGGCGGAGCUGCUGGAGCUGCGGACUCUGGUGGAGCGGGCGGGCGGGCGGCGGGCCGUGCUGCUGGUGGCCGAGGUGGCGGAGGGGGCCCCGGCAGCGGCCACGCUGGCCGCCUUCGCCCGCGACCUCCUGGGCGACGAGGCGCCGCCGGGGCCGGGGCCGGGGCCGGGGUGCCGGUCUCGGCGGCGAGCGGGCGGCGGGCGGCGGGCGCUGGAGGCGCGGCUGCUGCUGGUGCUGUGCCGCGGCGGGGCGGCGCGGGGCCGCGGGGCCCGGGCCCGCCUGCGGGAGGUGGUGCGGGACGUGCGCGGCCGCCUGCCCCCCGCGCCACCGCCCGCCGUGGUCGGCGUCCUCCUGCCCGGCGGGGACGCGGAGGACGCGGCGGUGCUGGACGCCACGCUGCGGCGGCAGUUCCCGGCGCCCGGCACGGUGCAGGCGGCCCGGUACGGCCCCGGCAACCCCGCCGCCCUGCGCGAGUGCCGCGCCGCCGCCUGCCGCGCCCUGCGCGCCGCCCUGCAGCACCCCGCAGAAGAGGGGAAAGACAGGGAGAGGUGGAAGCUUCCAUCCUUCCUGCGUUGCAUUUCUUGGAGCCGGAGGAGCCGGAGAAAAGGUCAUGAAGCAAAAGCUACAAACAGUGUUCAUGAAGAUGACCUACGGGAUCCUGAGGAAGAGUUGGCUCUGACCAGCCUGUCCCCCAAUGGAAACUAUGAAGAAGCUGCUGGAGGUGUGGGCACCUAGAGCACCUGGGUGCCCAGCACAGUCCAUGUCCCAGAUCUGCCUGGUGGGUUUGGAGCAGUGGGAGGAGGAGCUGGUGCAUGCCCACUCACCCUCUUCUCUGAGGACCCACCACUCUGGGGAGAAGCUGCUCAGCUUAACUCAGCAGGGUCUUCUGUAGCUGCUGACAGCCUCUGAGGUCUAUGCCAGAGAGCCAUCCCUUGCUGCGCCCUGCUGUCUGGGGGUACCUGGAGCUGCUGCUGGACACUGGGCUUCUAAGAAGCUCUUUGAGGAUGUAUCCUGUGUCCUGGGUGAAAUGAUGUUGGUACUUUGAGUGUGAAAUGCAGCCACCUGCUUGAAGAAUGAGGAGUGCUUUCUAAUUCUGAGCGAAGUUCCCUGCUGAGAUUGCCGGGGCUGGCCUCCCUGGCAAACAGAUUCUGCUGCCUUGUUUUCCCGCUUUACUGCUGCUUUGAAGUUCCCACCCUCUCUCUGAUCAGGAAAAAAAAAAAGAAAGCAUGGUGGCAUGGAGACUGCAAUGUCAUAUUUAGUGCCAUCUUGGUGCUUGCCUUGGUGCUCAUAGACUGGCUGAUGGACUGCUUGGUUGGGAGGGGGUGGCAGAUGGACACUAAGGUGUGUCUGAUGCCAUCUUACCUGGGUCAUCCCCACAGCCAUGUGGUGGCAGGUCUUGGAGGUGGCCUGCAGCACAAAAUGUGGCUGCUUCACAAAUAAAUAUAAUCUAUUUAAGUAGU